GACGAUGGAAACAUGUGGAAAAGAAGGUGAUGGCCAGGCGUUGCGCGAUGUCUGCUGACCAGGGAAGUGAGCGAGCGUUGCCGAUGCCGAUGUGAGGAUAGGGUAGCGGACGGGGCUGGCCAAUGGACGCAAUGCCUGGCCUGCUGCUCGAGCUCAUCCAUCCCCCUCCCGCUCCGACGGAGCGCAGCGACUGAAUUCGCGCCGGGCCCAGAUUCCGUCCGUCGGCCGCGGAUUGGGCAGCGGCACAUUUGGAUCCUCGGUGAGCAGGCGAGGCGACGUCCGCGGGCGGAAUUCGAAUUCGAUGUUGUGGAAUUGAUUGAUUGAAGGCUUGGGAUUUGGCAGACGGCGGAGUUCUUGAAAUGGCGGCGUUGUGAGGUUGCUGCGGAUCCAUGGCGCCCAUGCACUGAGGCCCGUGGACUGAGUUGAGUGCCAGAUUCGAGCAUCGCUGCGAUCUGUUGCGACGCCAGAGCCGGAAGCUCGAGAGCUAUGGCUGCGUUUCUGCCCGGCGUCCAGCAGGCCACUGCUGCUGCUUCGGCUUCUUCCGCAGCGGUUUGCCCAUCCGUCGCCAAGUCGUGCCGUUCAUGCCAGUCGUCUCAGAUCGUGUGUGCUCCAUCGCAGUUGUGUUGCCGAGGAUUGUCCGGAGCCUUCCUCAGAAGAUCUAACCGGAUCAGUUUGGGAAGAGGGUAUGUUGACAUCAGGAAGAGAUUCAAGGGCAAAUAUGCGUUGAAGGCCACUGCAUCCGCUGAACAACAAGCUGAGGUCUUCAAUUCCUCUGGGAGUGUAGUAGUUCCCACUCCCACUCCCACACCCACUCCAUUCGAUGCCUUCAAAUUUGCUAGUGAGGAUGGAUCCUCAGGACAGGCUGUGGAUGCAGUUAAAUAUGUAUCUGAUAGUGGAUCAGCUGGAACGCGUCUGCUAAGUGCCAAGGAGAAGUACCUUCAAUCCAUCAAUGGCGGACUUGAGCCGCCCAAGAGUGAGAACGUGGACAUGUUCGGUGGGUUUAAAGAUAUGUUCAAAGGCUUCGGUAAUACAGGUGACUCGGUGGAUAGCUCGGUCAAAGGCGAUGUUGUUAAGUCUGCUACAGGUAAUGACAGAGCUGGGGACGCUAUCUUGAAUGCUAAGAAGCAACUGCUACAAUCAUUUGGAGGCGGAGGUGAGAUUCAGUCCCAAAAUGAGGCAAAUGAAGUGGAUGUUCUGGGUGGGCUGAAGGAUGCUAAGACCUCGGCUACGGAUUCAGUGAACAACUUCUUCAAGGGUAUUACAGAUUCUAUGGACUCGGUGGGCAAGGCGAUUAAGGACACUGGAGUCAAGUCUGCAACCGAGGAAGAAAUUGCUGGGGAGACUGUUUCGAGUGCCACGGAGUCUGUCCAGAAUAUGUUGGAAAGCACAACAGACUCCGUCGAUUCAGUAGGUAAUGUGAUAAAGGAGAAUGGAAUCAAGCCUGGAGACCAGGAUGGGUCACUCGGGGAGACUAUGUCCAGUGUGAAUGAAUCUGUCGAUAGCUUUUUUAAAGGACCAACAGAUUCUGUCGACUCAGUGGGUAAUUCAAUUAAGGAUAGUGUGGUGAAGUCUUCAACGGAGGAUGGAUCCUCGGGUGAGGCAUUGUCAACCGCUAAGGACUCGAUGGACAAUAUUUUCAAAGGCAUUACGGACAAUGUCGAUUCAGCUAGCAAAACAGUGGAAGAAAGUGUACAGAAUUCUAUGGCCGAAGAUGGAUUAGCAGGGAAAGCUUUGUCUAGUGUCAAAGAGUCAGUGGACAAUCUCCCAAUCCAAGAUAAUGUGGAUUCAACUGCUAAUUCUGUCAGUGAUAUCGUAAUGAAAUCUGCAACUGAGGACGUAUCAUCAGGAGAGACUCUGUCAACCGUGAAGGACUCAAUGAGUGAUGUAAUCAAGGACAUCACAGAUACGGUUAACUCCGCUGGCAGUUCAGCUAAUGACAGUGUAGUUGUCAAGACUGCAACCGAAUCUGGAUCAGCUGGGGAGGUUGUGUUGAGUGCCAAAGAGAGGUAUCUUCAAUCCAUAGGGGGUGGACUUAAGCAGUCACAAAAUGAGGAUGUGUUUGACGGACUGAAGGGUGCAGAUAUUGAUGUUUUUUCUAGUUUGAAAGAUGCUCAAAAUGCAGUUACAGGUUCCGUAAAUAAUUUUGUGAAAUCCAUAACCGAUGCAAUUGACUCAGCUGGAAAUCAAGUGAAGAGCUCCUACGAAAGCUUCAAUGGAUCCUUAGUCAAAGCGGUGAAAUCAGCUACAGGGUCGGUGGAUAAAAGUGUCAGUGGUCUCCAACCAAAUGUCGAUGGUAUCAAACCUCCCAGAAUUUCUGUGGACAUUGACUUCACGGCCCCUUUCCGGAUGGGGACGCCGGCCAAUGAUGCUCUCAAGGAAGUUGUCGUCGUUGUCAAAGAUGUAACCGGUACUGUACUUGUAACAGCUGGAGAGUUACUCACCAAAUUUUAUGCUUCUGCAAAGUCUUCUUUACCAGAAGACGCGUUGAUCAUACUCAAUGAUAUCGAAGAGAAAACCUCUCAAAUAGCCCAGCCUUUGGGCUCAGCCUUUGAUCAGGCCUAUGCAAUCGUUAUAGAUGUAGAAAAAUCUGCGGGUAUCAAUCCGGAAAACCCUGUCAUACCAGUAAUUUUGGUUGUUGGUGGUACUCUUUUCCUGAGUGUCAGCUACUUUCAGAGCAAGUAUGGAGGAUACGCGGGAGACUUGCCUCCAAAUGAGGCAUUGGAUCUGCUCAAGAAUGAGGGCAAUGUUGUGAUGGUUGACAUACGUCCACAGGAAAUUAGGGAAGCCGAAGGAAUCCCAGAUCUGCGUCGAUCAGCCAGAUUUAAAUUUGCUGCAGUUGAAGUCGUGAAGGCGGAUAAGACGAUUCGAGGCCAGCUGAAGAAUGCCGGUGAUAUCGAUAGCCUUCUCACUGCAGCUGUUAUACGCAAUCUAAAAAAUGUCGAUGGUGGCACGAAGAUUAUUGUACUGGACGAGGACGGCACACAAUCGAAGCAGAUUGCUAGAGGGUUGAGGAAAACUGGAUCGAAGCGAGCAUACCGAGUAGAUGGAGGAUUUAAAGCAUGGGCUUCUCAAGGACUUCGCUCCAAGAUGGAUAUUCCACAGACUCCCCUUACGAUCCUAAAAGAGGAGACUGAAGCCAUUGUUGAAGAAGUGAAGCCAACCGUGGCUGGCGUUGUUGGAGUAUCAGUGGGCUUGGUGGCCGGCACAUAUGCUCUGCUAGAGUGGGAGAGGACGCUUCAACUUAUUGGUGUCAUCGGACUCGCUGCGACUCUCUACAUCAGGGUGGAAUCCUACGAAAGUGUCGAAGACGUCAAAGCAGAUAUACAGUUACUGCAGAAGCCUUUCAAGUCUUUCAUUCAAGCAAUUCUUCUUUUAACGGGCCAAGCGGAGAAAGGAGAACUUCAGCUGGCAACUUCACCUGCAUCCUCUGCCGUUCAGGGAAGAAUGCUUCAGGCAGCUGCUAAACAUGGACCGUUGGCUUCAGAAAUGGAACAACAGCAGGACGAAUCGAGUCCGACACCAGAGGACGAGAUGUCCAGCGCUGUUGAUAGUGAACUCAACGAAAGUCAUUCAGCAAGUAUGCAAGAGCCUCCGCAGUAAGACCUUACGAGAAUAAUUGUACAUCAUUAGCCUCUAUUAGACGUUGAACCCUGAUUCUUCGACCAGAGGAAGAGUCAUGUGUGCAGGACGAGAGCAUGUCAAAGACCUGGGUUGGAUCAUUGUGGGAAGAAAAUGUUUCUGCAUAUCCCACCGUAUGUUGAUGUAUUUUAGUUGAGGGGAGCGAGCUCACUUCGUACUCGCAAGUGAGAGGAGAGCUACCACAAUGUAUUGUGCAAAGCACAAUUGUACACUUAAUCUUUUUAGAAAUUUCUCAAAUUUGUAGACAAUCCGGGCAUAAGAAGAACCGCUGUGUAACUGUGAAACAACAGUUUCAAAUAAUUUGACGACAACAUACUGUACUUUUU